ACGCUUUUGUUCUGAAAGAAACAAGUACGAAUGACUUCUUGGUAUUAAAAGCAAUUAUGGGGAUAGAAUACCGUUGGGGGCGAGAUGGACAGCGCGAAUUUACUGACCGGAAGGUCCGUGGUUCGAACCCGAUCUCUGCCUCUCGACUUCUCCUGUCUAGGCUUGGGCAACCUGGCAAUAUCCUAGCCCUCGUGCCUUCUUCGGGUGGCAUGGCAGCUGUGCACCGAAAGGGUGCUAAAGUUGAGCGGUUUUUUUAUAGAAUACCGUUUGUAUGGCUCCGUUCUGUGUUACCGUCAUUCAAAGAAAUGAUAACAACAAAAAGUAUACGCCACACAAAAACCCGCGUAAAGGACGCCAAUUCAACACAAGUUGAUGACCAAGAGAUCUGUGGCU